AGCGCUGUCUCGUGCGUUAUCGCAUGUCGCUGUUUAUUAGUUGAAAUGAUUUAGCAUUUUACGAGUACAAAUCCUAGAAAUCCAGCAUCUGCGCGUAAAUGUCGUUAAUGAAAGUUAUGUUGUUAUUUAUCAUAGUAUAGUAUUCCUGUUCGAAAGCAUUAGUCAUGUUUAUAACAUUAUUUUUUGCUGUCUUUGGCAGUUUUUUGUGUGUAAACUUUAUUAUUUUACCAUUGUCUCAGAUGUUUAAUUGAAUUUACGGUGUGAAAAUAAUAUUUAAAGAAAGACUGUCUUUGGGAAGAAAUAUUAGAUGUGAUAUCUGAGAAAAAUAAAGUUGAGAUGUUGAUCAUGAGCGCUCAGGUGGAGGUGGUCUGCUGUAAAUCAGUAGGAACUGAUCUGUCCAUGCUGGAUAUUGAGGAUUUCAUCACAGAAAUCUGUCAGCUGAAGAAAGAGGUGGCUUCACUGGAGGCAAAGCUGAGAGAAAGAGGAGACGAUCUGAACAGAGAGGUUUGGGUGCGUGAGACUGAUGGGACAGAAGCUCAGGAUUCAGUCUGGAGCGUCAGAGAUCAGAGAUCCAGAGACACACAGGACUCAGAGCUCAGCCUCACUUUACUCUGUUAUACUGACGCUCAGGAUCUUGAAUCCACUGAUCAAACCUCUGACUGUAACGCUGGAGAACAGCAGAUGCUGCAGACGCCGCUGAAGAUGUGCUCCGUCAAACUGGUGGACUGCAGGAACCUGAUAGAGAGCAGAGGAGAAGAAACCACCGCAGAGGAAGAGCAACAGCACACUGAUGAGGAAGAGGAGGAGGAUGAGAAUAAUGGAGAUGAUGAUGAUGAUUUCAUCCCUACAAAUGACAAUGGUGGUUCAUCUUCUGAUGGAAAAACAGCCUUGACCUCAAAAGAGCAGCUGAAGAGUUUCUCCUGCAUCACCUGUGCAAAAACAUUGAGUUCACAGAGAAACUUACUGAGACACCAGAGAACACACACAGAACAGAAAGACUUCAGCUGCAAGAGAUGCGACACCAGCUUUCCUACUGCAGAAGAGAGGACACUUCAUUCAAAAAAGCACAAAGUGAAGAAGGAGUUUCGCUGUGAACAGUGCGGGAAGGAUUUUUUCACCACUGCUCAGAACAUGAAAGCUCAUAUAAAGACACAUGAGGAAAAGUCUUUCCACUACAGUGAAUGUGACAAGUAUUUCAGCACCAAAGGAAGUCUGGAUGCUCAUAAGCGAAUCCACACGGGAGAAAGACCAUACAAGUGUCCUCACUGCGAGAAGAGCUACAACCAUCGGUCGGUUCUGAAGAAACAUGUGCGUGUUCACACCAAUGAGAGACCGUACCAGUGUAGUGAAUGUGGGAAAACCUUCACAAACUCAGGCACUCUAAACUCACACAAGAGAAUCCACUCUGAUGAGAAACCGUAUCAGUGCAGACACUGUGAGAAAGGAUUCCGGCAGAUUUCCAAUCUGAUUUGUCACGAGAGGAUUCACACCGGAGAGAAACCAUAUCUGUGCUCCCACUGCGGGAAGAGCUUUUCUGAUCCGACUCAUUUUAGAGAACAUCAAAGAAUUCACACGGGAGAAAAACCGUAUCACUGCAGCGUUUGUGAGAAGAGGUUCAGGAAGUUCGAUACUUUACAAAAGCACAAGAGGAUUCAUACCAGAGAAAGACCAUUCAAAUGCUCACAAUGUGACAAAACGUUUGCACGAUCAGACGUCCUGAAGGUCCACGAGCGAGUUCAUACAGGAGAGAAACCUUACCACUGCUCCAUCUGCGGUGAGAGAUUCGCUUAUUUAGGUAGCUUUCAGACCCAUCAGAACAAACACGCUAAAGAACAAACUGCUCCAGAAUCAUCAGAGUGACUUUUCAUGCCUUGGUCUGUCAAUAUAAAAGGCUUAAUUUCCACAGUUGCUUACAUCAUUCAUGCCAUGUGAUAUAUGACAGUAACGUCAUUCACAUGAUAAUUUAAAUUUAAAACAUGAACCUUAUCUUAUACAACAGGUGAACUGGAUUUCUGAGCAGCGUUCAUACUGUGGAUAUUUAAUCCAACAUCACCGAGUGAUUUCAUUGUACGUUAUUACAGACCAGAGUGUGAGUUGUGUUAUGUGUGACUGUCAUUUUUCUCAUAUACUUUGGAAAUAUUUUCAUCUAUUCAGUAAAAGUGUAUGAACGAAACAUUACUCAGUAUUAACUGUUUGUUAAAAGAAUAAUUAUACUAUUAGCUUAAGAAACUUGGGGCGGACCUCAUCCACCCCGGAGCCUUGCCACCGCAGAGUUUUUUGACUACCUCAGCAACUUCAGCCAGGGUAAUGGAUGAGCCCACCUUGUCCCCAGCCUCAGCUUCCUUUACGGAAGGCAUGGUGGAGGGAUUGAGGAGAUCCUCAAAGUACUCUUUCCACUACCCGACAACAUCCUCAGCUGAAGUCAGCAAUGCACCACUUCCACUGUAUAUAGAGUUGGCGGAACACUGCUUCCCCCUUCUGAGCCGCCGGACCGUUUGCCAGAAUCUCUUUGAGGCCAACUGAAAGUCUUCCUCCAUGGCCUCACCAAACUCCUCCCAGGCCCGAGUUUUUGCCAUGGCGACUGCCAGAGCCAUGUUCUGCUUGGCCCGCUGGUACCCGUCAUCAGCUUCAGGAGUCCCACAGGUCAGCCAGACCCGACAGAAGUCAACUUGACAGCAUCCCUUACCUCUGGUGUCCACCACAGUGUUCAGGGAUUGCUGCCACGACAGGCGCCAGAGACUUUAAGUCCGCAGCUCUGAACUGCUGCUCCAACAAUGGAGGUGUGGAACAUAGUCCAUUCAGACUCAACGUCCCCAGUCUCCAUCGGGACCUGGUUGAAGCUCUGUCACAGGUGGGAGUUGAAGACCUCUCUGAUGGGGGCCUCAGCCAAACAUUCCCAACAGACCCUCACUAUGCGUUUGGGCCUGCCAGGUCUGUCCAGCCUUCUCCCCCGUCAUCGAAUCCAACUCACCACCAGGUGGUGAUCAGUUGACAGCUCAGCCCCUCUCUUUAUGCGAGUGUCCAAGACAUACGGCCGAAAAUCAGAAGAAACGACUACAAAGACAAUUAUCAACUUCCAACCUGUCGCCCGCUGAUUGCAUCUACUACAGAACACAGAUCCAUUCCGUAUAACUAAGCACAGCAACACAAACAUGACAAAUAAAAAAAAAACACGUGGAAACAAUGCGAAUGUAUGGAAAUGUCUGUUCCUUUGCAUAAAAACAAUGUGCGAUCAGUGCGUCAAGAGCACUCAUACAGGCAUUAUUAUAACAGAUUCACAAGUGCUUACUGUACAACUCCUGUACGCCACCGCAAUCGUCUUUACCUUGAUUGCAGUCUUCAUCCAUUAAACCUUUGCUAGCGAGACUGGUUAUCCAGUCGAGAAAACGUUAUACUGUUAUAAAGUGUCAUGAGAAUAAACCAUAAACUAAUAUAGAGAAAAUGAACAGGGAUCUACACAGAAGGGAAGAGAUCCUAAGAGAAUGACACAGAGAGUAAAUAUGAUUCGAGAUGAUGCGUUAAAAAAGCAGUAAUAUACUUCAAAUUAAUUCACAUCUUGAAUACAAUUUGUAUUUCAAUCAUAUUUAGUCGUGCUGUGCAGCGGGGGGCUCUAGAAGACUUUCAGUAACAUACUGAUUGACUGAAUGACAGAAAUGUGUCGAUAAAUUACUUUUUGUUUUGAUUUUGAAAACUUGUUGAUAUUGUUUGUUUCAAAAUUAAACUUUCUUAUUUGUCAUAUUCAAAGUUAA